AUGUGGGAGAGGCUCCCUUCCAUCAUUCCCGUGCAACCCAUCCCCGCUGCAUUGUUCCGCCGAGUGGGAGGCUUCCCGCGGGUCUUCCCGACAACCAUUCCGUCCAGCCUAAUAAUAAUUCUUUUGAAGCUAUUGUCAGAGUUAGCUCCUUUACUUUCCGAUGACGAGAGUGAUCAAGAUGAAGAGACUAUGAAUAUGCUGCUCCCAAGAAAAGACUAUAGAGCACUGAAUCAUAAUCUUAACAUGUUGGUGCGUCAUGGUGAAGCUUUCUCAAGUAGAAAUUUCCUAAACAUAAUCAUAGUUCAUGAAGCCAUAAUGAAGACUCUAUUUUAUAAGAGUAAGAGAUUGUGUGAAGAAAGUGAGAAACUACUAAAAGAGCAUGCUAUGAAGAUGGAAGUAGAAACCAAUGAAUGUUAUGAUACUGAAGCUAAAAUAGCACAUGAACAUGCACGAAAAGAAACGCAAAUUAAAUCGGUCAAACGAGAAUUAAUGUUUGUGAAAUCUGAGCUAGUAAAAAUAGAUGAUGAGAUGUUUUUGGUGAAGGGUUUCAACUUUGAGAUAAAUAAAAUGUUGGUAAAAAUUAUUAAAGCAAAGGAUGCAUCACAUGUUGACUAUAUUUUUUCUUUAUUGGAUGCAAAGCUUCAACCCAUGUUCUUAAAGCUUUCUAUUAUUGAAGGUGUUACAAAUAGUGAUGCUAGUUUGCAACAAGGGAUAGGUGGGGGUAAUUUUAUCAAUAUUGAGAACCCGUAUGUGGUGCAAACUAUGGAAAGGAAGCUUGAAUUUCCGAAGAAGAUUGUUAUUGUUUAUAAUCCUUUGGGGCAAACUAUGGAAAAGAAGCUUGAAGUUCCGAAGAAGAUUGUUAUUGUUUAUAAUCCUUUGGGAAAGCAAUUUGAGGUUGUUGUUCCAAUUGUUUUACCAAAGCUUCAGGAUCUAGCACUCUAA